AUGUCGAUCGUCAACAGCUUCGGAUUAGAAGCAUCUCGACAAUUGAUAGGUUGUCACUACACCCCCAAAAAGGUUAAGUGCAGAAUGGCAAAUGACAACGUUGCACUUGGGGGCCAAGCUUGGCUAGGAAUCAUAUUCAUCAUGACAUUCCGAACGACCGAGGCCUCGCAUUUGGUUCAGUCCGAAGCCGAAGCCAACCGGUUUUAUAUGUAUUCAAGCGUGAAGCUAACCUGA